AUGGCUACGUUUCUUAGAGAUAAGAAAGUCCUAGCAGCAGACAUUGUUGCGGUGCAAGAGCCAUGGAAGAACGAACUACAACACACAAGCCACCAACCUGCAACCGCAUCAUUCCAAUUGUUGUACCCGACAGAAGGUGCAGUACAGGAACAGAACCAGGAAUCAGUUCUUCCCCCACCGGGAGUGUGUCUUUUUGUAUCCAAAAAGCUUGACCCAAGCACUUGGUCAUGCCAGCUCAUUUCACAGGACUACCAACUACUGAAACUCAGGAAGACCUACCGAGACAGGGACUGGACAGACCUCUUCAUACACAACAUAUACAACAGACCAGGCAGCGAUACACUAGAACGACUGAGGUGUGAGCUAUCGAAACGACCUCAUGGAGAACACGUGGUGUUAGGAGACAUGAAUGCACAUCACCCGGCAUGGGGAGGUGUAGGAACCAAAACCGAUCGAGAGGCCGAACAGCUUCUCGAGAUCAUCGAUGAAUGGAACCUGGAGAUGACAACUGAAGAAGGAAAACCUACUUGGACUCGGAAUGAGCAGUCAUCGGUGAUCGAUCUUACCUUUGUUUCCUCAAGCCUAGUCGGCAGGCUUAUACAGUGCGAAAGAGCAGACGACGUCGAGCAUUCCUCCGACCAUUUCCCCAUCCGAACGGUGCUCGACAUCAAGAGCCCCGCUAAUAUACAACAGAUGCGAAGAAAUUGGAAUGCGACGGACAGCAAAAGACUCGUCCAAAAGAUUGAGGGAAAUCUGCAGGUAAAAGAUCUGUCCCAGGCAGACGCACAGCAAGUAGAGGCUCAAUGCCAAGAACUACUGGAAAGCGUACAAUCAGCAAUUGAAGACUCAACCCCGUGGGCGAAACCAUCGACCUGGUCAAAUUCCGAUUUCGAAGAUGAGUGCAAGGCGGCAGUGAAGGAGGUUCGUCGCCUCCGACGCAGACACACAAAAACACAGGACCCCUACGACUGGAUGUGCUAUUCCAUAGCGCGCAACAGAAAAGCACGUCUGAUCAAGAAGACGCUGUCACGAGCACACCGGCGCCGCGUCCAGCAGGUCAUCGAAGACGGGCCACAAGGCAUGUGGCGAUUAGCAAAAUGGGCCAGGAAUCGAGAUGGAGCCUACGAAAAGGGCAUUACUCCCUCACUGAAGAUCCAACAUUCCCAAAUACCUGGAGCUAUUGCGAAAACAAUUGAACAGAAAGCAGAAGCCUUUCGGACUGCCUUCUUCCCACAACCGCCACCAGCUGACCUCUCCGACACGGGAUCAUUCCAAUACCCGCAACCGAUCGAGUUCCCAUCAGUAACGGCCCAAGAGAUCCAGGAAGCAGUGAAAGGAGCGAAAGCAGGGAAAGCGCCAGGAGAAGACGGCAUACCGAACUCUCUGUGGCAUAAACUUAUCGAGAUACCGGCAAUCCUGGGCAUACUGGUCCAACUGUUUAACGCCUGCAUACGCACCGGAUACAAUCCAUCGCACUUCCAGCGCUCGAUCACAGUUGUCCUCAGAAAACAAGGCAAAAGCGACUAUCAGCUCGCCAAAUCAUACAGGCCGGUCGCAUUACUCAACACGCUUGGGAAAUUCCUGGAGUCGAUAGUUGCACGAAGAAUCAGCUACGCAGCAGAAUCGGAAGGACUACUCCCUCGGACUCAUCUGGGUGGUAGACGCGGCAUAUCCACUGACCACGCGAUCCACAUCAUCAUCGACCGCAUCAAAACUGCAUGGGGAAAGGGAAAACCAGUGGUGUCCCUGCUGAUGCUAGACGUCUCCGGGGCAUACGACAAUGUCUCCCACGCUCGCUUACUUCAUAACCUCAGAAAACGACGCUUAGGGCACUUCGUUCCCUGGGUCAAAGCGUUUUUGUCCAACCGCAGCACGAGAAUCCGCAUGCCAGAAGGCAUGUCCGAUACAAUUCCAACGCCCACAGGAAUUCCGCAGGGUUCGCCGAUAUCACCAAUUCUCUACCUGAUCUACAAUGCGGAUCUUAUUGAGAAUUGCGGGCCAGGAAUCAUCAGCAGUGGGUGGGUAGACGAUGUCUGUUUUCUGGUCAAAGGGGACAGUGAACGCGAGACCAUCAAGAAGCUCAAGACCGCAUGCCGCAAAGCCGACCAGUGGGCUAAGAAACACGCAUCAGUCUUCGACCCCAAAAAGUAUGCCCUCAUCCACUUCGUCAAUACCAAAGAAGUCGACCCUCAAUACCUUCCACUACGUCUACGAGAACACACUGUGCCAGCGACAGAGAGUGCCGAGAGGUAUCUGGGUUACUGGUUAGAUCCGAGCCUGACUUUCCAUCGUCACCGUGAGAAAGCCGUGGCAAAAGCCAGUAUCUCUCUCAAAGCGCUACGAAGCUUGGCUGGCUCGACGUGGGGAGCCUCGCUGUAUGCCAUGCGAAAAAUUUAUCAAGCAGUAAUCAUACCGCAGAUGCUCUUUGGAGUCUCCGCAUGGUAUCAGCCUAUGCACAUUAGCAAAACUAAGGCCCAAUCAAUCUGUCGGCCUUUUGCGGCCAUCCAAAAACAAGCUGCUUGUCUUAUUAGUGGAGCUUUCAGAACCACAGCGGCGGAGGCACUGAACGCGGAGCUUUACCUACCACCCAUCUCGAUCCACAUGAACCGGCUAGUAAAAGAAACGGCUCUUCGUUUGCGAACAGGACCAGAGCUUGGUAUACCACCAACGAUGGUGCGACGCCGACCGGCACACGAAAGAGACUGGAGUGGAUGGACGCCAAUGGAAGCGCAAGCCUGGAAGAUGGGCGGAUGUCUGACGGCUUCCCCGGGAACUUUAGCGAGGAACUGGGAGAGUCGAAAGGCAUUCGUCCUGGCACUAUGGCGAACGCCGCCGGAGGUGAUCAUCGACGACAGAAAGACCGCAGUGGAAUAUCACGAGGGGAUCAUGGUACAGGCAUCACAAGAACGACCCUUAAUAGUGUACACCGAUGGAAGUGGCAUCGAAGGAAGAAUGGGAGCAGCGGUAGUGGUUGACCUCGAAGAUCAUGUCGCCCACAGUCAAAUGGGCGACGAGAACACAACAACUGUGUACGCCGCAGAGCUACGCGCUAUCGAGAUGGCGCUGGACUCGGUCCUAAACAGCACCGAGCCCUGGGCUGCACAGGCCAGGAAUGGGCUCGUUAUUUUUGCGGACAGCCAAGCGGCGCUGAAAGCGCUCCGCCGACCUCGUAUGCCUUCAGGUCAGAUUUACCUGAUAGGAUGCCUGGAACUCAUACACCGGCUGGCGGAGAGAGGAAUCAAAACCGAGCUCAGGUGGAUUCCAGCGCACCAAGGAGUGCUGGGAAACGAGAUUGUCGACCAACUCGCAAAAGAAGCGGCCCAGAAGCCCAACGACGCACAAAAUCCCCACAAUCGAUACAUUCGCCUGGCUGCCGCGACGAAGCGUCGAUUUCGCCAAGAGGCAAAGAUCGAGUGGGAAAGAGCAUGGGCAUCAGAGAAAACCGGUCGACCAACCAGAAGGUUGAUCGAGACACCGAGCAGGAAAACCCUAGAAUACUGGUCGGGAUUACGCAAAGCAACUGCAUCCAUCCUGAUGCAAUUGCGGACAGGACGCAUCGGACUAAAUGCAUAUCUGGCUCGCAUCAAUCGGCGAGAGACCGCACGAUGCGAUUGCGACUUGGGCAACCAAACGGUGACACAUGUCCUACUUGAGUGCCCGUUGCAUCAGGAGGAGCGCAACGAGAUGCGCGAGGCCCUGUCUGAGCAAGGCAUCACGCUCCGCCACGAAGAAUUGUUGACGCGCCUGGAGGCGCGCACAAUCGUGGCCAAGUACAUGAUCAGAACCGGUCUCCUAGACCAGUUCCAGGGGCUGGAUCCAAUAGCUCUUGGAGCAGACGAAGUAGAGAAACAAUGA